AUGGCCAAUGAAGACAGCAGUACGUCCGAACGUAAAACAAAAACUGCCACCAACUUACCCGAUUGUCCAGAGGCGGAUGCUUUGAACCUCGCACGACAAUGUAGCGACGAGCGAAGUGCCGCCAAACGGGAAGACGUGGUGAAAAAACGCCCGUCGCCUGUCGAUGGUCGUCCUCUGUGCGUCAAGGUGCUGGCCGGUUGA